UUGUCGUGAAAGAUGAUGGACAGCGUGAGGCGUGGGAAUCUUGUUUAUGCGAGCAGCAAUCGGGGGUUUACGUGUGAAAUAACAGCCAUCAAAAGGCGGAGAGCUGACUCAUAUAACCCCAAGCAGUGGUUGCGACAGCGCUGUUGCAACGAAUUGUACCCCUGCCGGUUUCUAACCUCCCACCUUGGCUCUCAAACAAGAAACGGCUCCAAGCACCAGCCACCGUGGACCGCGGACCAGCAGCACAUCAUCUCUCACGACCCGCACCGCUCCUCCACAAUUCACCCUCGCUACCUUUGCCCUGUCAGGCCUGUCACUCCACUCGCUGCCUGAGCAUCGCUGCGCAUUACCGACGACGACGAUCACUGCUAUUGCCACAUUCCACUGAACGCGAGGCUGCGCUGCGUGUCGCCGGCCAUGUCGAGAUACGGAAAGUUUGACGACUUUUGUCGCGACACAGGUAACAGCUGGUCGACCCUGCCAGUAUGCUAUCUCUUUGCCCAGUCGCCUGCUAGGAACGGCGGAGGAUGGGAGGAAGGUUGCACACUCCAGGGCUUCUCUGUUGGCGGUGGUGACAAUCUGCACAACUUGGGCUCGAUAAUCCUCUGCGGUAUCGCAAUUCUCACCACCUUCUUCCUGCUCUGGAGAUCCGAAAGGAAGAAGGCCGCCGUUGGACGAAGGGAAAUGCAGCUUUUCCUGCUUGGCUACGUUAUCGUCUCCAUCUGCGAGAUCUUCACAAUUGGUGGCUUUCCUUUAAACAACUCUGUGCGCAUCGCAUUCGUCGGUGUACACAUCGCUGCAAUUGUUGCGACAUCUUGGAUCCUCAUGCUCAAUGGUUUGGUUGGCUACCAGAUUCUGGACGACGGCACUCCCAUUUCACUCGGCCUGAUGAUGAUAUCUGCUGUCAUCAUCUUCGUUGGAACGGGCUACAUUGCUCUCGACACCGGCUUUAGCUGGACAGGCUACUGGGAUGAUACCCUCAACAAUGAGAACCAGGCCUAUGCUCUCUACACCCUUUACCAACUCGCACCCCUGGUAUUCUUAGUCGUCUUCUUCUGCUUGGAGUCGUUCCUUGUCCUGCGCGUUCUUGGAGAGCGCAAGCCAAUGCUUUAUCUCGUCGGCGCAGCUCUGCUUUUCGCCAUUGGCCAGAUCUUUCAAUACGUUAUCAGUGUCCACAUAUGCACUGGUAGCUCUGGCAAGAUCAACGGAGGUUUAUUCGAGACUCUCUUCACGCUGCUCUCUGUGGUAUUGAUCUGGGUCUUUUGGUCGAGUAUCACUGAGGACGAUUGGCCGAUGCCAACAGUUGCUGGCUCAGGCACAUAUAAUUGAUGACAUGGAAGGACAUUUGGUGGAUGUUCAAGAUACGGCGUAAUGUUUCAUGAUUUCCCCAGCAUAGCGUAUACCAUUUGGGGUCUUUGGACGCAUCACGCGUCAUGCUGCUAGUUCACGAUACAAAUAAUGUUUGCUGGGAAGAAGAGAGCGGUGUAUGUAGUUAUAUAAAUAUCACAUGCAAAACGUGAGAGCGCGCUUUGUCUGUCACGUGCACACGCAUCUGUCGCUUCCAGCAAGGCAGAUCUCCGACCGACCGCUCGAGC